GUCUUGCUCGAGCUCGAUCUACAUGUCAUCGAAAGAAGAAUUACGUGAGCUAUUAUCACACGUCAAUAAAACCCUCUUGUCAUACGCCUCCAUCUGGGUUAGUGCUAAGGCCACGGAGCUCAGUCCUCACAGAGCAACAAGCUUGGGAAGAAUCGUUGGUGGCUUUGAGUUUCAUGUCAAUACUUGCCGUCAGACGAUUGCGAAGGUCGCAUCACGAGAGCUAUUUAUCGGCCUGUCUUCUGUUAUGUUCAUGUGCAUACGUGCUCAGAUCACGGGUUCGUCCUCUGGAAUGUGUGUCUUGUAUUACAUUAAGGUGCUCUUCAAUGCAGCUCUUAGCAUAAAUCGUUCACAGGCAUCUUCACGAGGAGUGGCAGCUGACAUCUCCGAUAGUUCUGCGACCAUGGACGAUGCAGAGAAAUCACGUCAGUUGCAGAACAGGUUACUGGUCGACGCUAUCCAUGGGAUUCGCUUGGAGGCCCUAAGCUUGGCCAAAAAGUUGAAAGAGUCUCACAGCAUUUCAAGAUCUGAACAUUUGAGACCAACGAAGGCGAGUGUCUCGGAUCAGUAUGGAGAGUCUUACAAGUGCUACGUCUCAUGGCCACUUUGGGAAGUCGUAGAUUUUGAGUGCGACUCGUGUGCGCAGAGUGCGCGAAGCAUGGCUUCGAGGCCGGAAAAUUCAGAAAUUGCAUCGACCUCGAAGAAAUCACGAACGAAAGAGAAGAACGGAUCCAUGAACAAAGGGAAGGUAACAUCAAACAACGAGUCAGCCCAACCAGCGGAGAAUAGAGAACUGACGAGGAAGAAAGCUGUCUUAGCUGCAGCAGCGUUUGAGAGAUGGGCUGCAGAGAAGACACCCACGGAGGUAGAAAGUCAUUUGAGUACUUCAAGCGAGAAGAGGUCACCCUUGGAAGAAGUAGAUUGACCUUAGAACCAACACAGGCUUGCGAAGGACAAUCACCGAUUUAGGGUCAUUCAUGAUCUUUGAAAUCAGUGAUGUUUCUGUCAGUGUUUUUAUGUGAAUUGUUCAGUAUCUUUAGAGACAGUCAUGUUAGCGGAAUUAGUCCAUCCACGCAACUCCACUUGAUGCAGCAUGUAGGAAAAUCAUCUUUCAAGAGAUCUUUCCAACAUUUCCUUGUAAAUUUGCAAAUCUAAUCAAAUUUUAUCUGUUCGCUG